CGCCUGACCCUAACAACCAAGAUGGCGCCGUAGGAGGUAGAGCGAUGUCGUUUCUGAGGCUCUUUUCUUCGCAGAGUUCCCGUCCCUCUACUUUGCGGGAACUGCUGCUCCUCUCUUCUGUUUGUCACCGUUGUCUGCAGCUCAAGAGAUACCCCGCUAGGAGCUCAGAGCUGUCUUGGGGUUUCUUCAGAAGAAAUUACUCUUCUAUUAUCCCUAAGAAAGAUGUUGGAAAGGAUCAAACCUGUGAGAAAGCUCGUUUGUUACAGGUUCUUGAAGCUCGAAUACAACAGCUACAGGCAGAUAACAUCACUGAAGUGAAAUGUACAGAGGUGCAGUUUGUGAACCGACUAAAUGUAACUCAUGAUGAAAGUCGCAAUGAUGCAAAUAAUCUUACUUUUCUGCCAGAUCAAGAAUUUAAUAAAUCUCUUAACGUGAACACGGACACACUUGUAAAAGAAAAAGUAGCCAGAGAACAGAUGGGUAAAACAUGUCACAUUAAACCAGUAAUUCCAAAAACUACCUCAACUCCAAGCAAAUGGAUAGAAAAAUUAAACAAAGAAAAACAUAACAAAACCAGGAGACAGCUUAAUGUUGUGAAAAAAAUGAAAGAAUCGAAAGAGCCUCUGCCAUUGUCAAGCACUACAUGUGUUACUGAUGCUAAAACCACUGCAAAAGGCAGAAAAAGUACAUCCAAAGAUAAUAUUGUGAAGGCAUCAAUGACACAUAGAGCCAGACAUUCAGUACUGAAUAAUCCAGAAGCAAAGCCCAAUGCAUUAAAUGACUUUUCUGUGGAAGCUGUUCUUGCUGAAGUGGAAAACCUCGACCAACAGCUCAAUAAUUGGGAGCCUUCUGCUAAACUGCUUGAAGAUGAAGAAGGCAACAAAUAUGGUGACGCUCAGCGAAAUAUUUUAAGCUAUGUUGAGGCAUGUGCGUUCAUUAAUGAUCUGGACAGAGCUCAUCAGUGUGUCAUGUUUCAUCAUCGAAAUCUUACUCGCCGGAAGCAGUUGAAUAUUAAGAUUUAUAGUGUUUUAAUGCAUCUGUGGGCUAAAAAGGGUUCAUUAAGUCAAAUCGGCAACCUAUUCGAUCUGGUGGAAGAAGCAGGGUUGAAGCCAAAUUUAGGAUGCUAUGUGGCAGCAUUGGAAUGUAUGGGGCGCAUGGAAAACUGCUCCCCCUCUGUGAUUGAGAGAUGCCUUCAACAGUUAAAGGAAGAUGGCUUCACAAUACAAGACAUGUUUAAGAAUUGUGUGUUCCAGAAAGAUGAAAGGGAGAUGGUAUUGAAAGCCAUUUGUGCUGUAGAUCCUGAAUUCCAGCUCCAACCUGAACCUGAAGGGGAGAUUUGCCAGUUGCCUUUAAUAAAGCACUUUUAUUCAAAGGCUGAACCUAUCAAAUAUCCCAAAUUGCAUCUCUGUGUGGAAGAACUGAAGGAGAGAUUUGAUCGACAGCUAAGCAGGGAGCAAGCAGAUACCAUUUCUAUUAAUUCUGUUGAAGCAACAAAUCCCAUUACAGAGAAGAUGAAAAAAGUGCGCAACCGUCUGGCAGGUUUACGUGCCAAGUGGGAAAAAUCUUUACUGCAGGCAUUUCGUGAGUGCAAGUUUCACUUGGCUGGUGAUCGAAGUUGUUCCUGGAAAAUGAAUCUCUAUCCUUAUCUCUGCCUGCUGGAUGAUAAGGAAUAUGUAGAUAUUAUGGUACAGUGUAUUCCAAAUAUCCCGCCAAAUGGUGAAGCAUUACUGACAAUUGCUAGGGAAUUGGGUAACAGAGUCUACAACAAGUAUUCCAUACGAAAGAAGAUCAAAAAUGAAAUGGUAGAUAAGAUUAAAGAAAUUUACUAUGCCUACAUUGAACUGUUGGCAAAGGAUGCAGAGCUGAACAACUUCCUGCCUCGCGAGUACGUGAUGAAACUAGAAAAAGAGAUGAAUUUAGGUCUAUCACUUUUAAGUGAAGAUUCUCCCUGGCCACAUUUUCUGAUUGUACAUUUGGGAACUCAUCUAGUGGAUAUAAUGGUUCGUGAAAUUAAAAUCCCCAUAAACACCCAAAGCCCAAGUCACGAGAAGAAAUUUAUCCCAGUCUUGUAUCACAUGUACAGCUUUCGUAGUAACAAGCAGAUUGGAUUCAUCAAGCCACAUCCUAUUCUAACUGAGCUCCUUUCAGAAGCUGCUGAGACAACUUUAAUCUUUGACUCCUGUGUCAUGCCAAUGGUCUGUGCUCCUGUCCCGUGGACUUCGCCUCGGUUUGGAGCCUAUGUUCUGGCACCCACCAAAUUAAUGCGGUGCAUGGAAGGGGCUCUUCAACAUCAGUUACUCUUGGAGAAAUGCAAGAGUAGUGACUUGCAUCCAGUGCUGGAUUCUUUAAAUCAACUUGGUAACUGUGCUUGGAAGGUUAACAAACCAAUGCUUGAUUUAAUUAUUUCUAUUUUUAAUGAUAAAGGAAAUGAGAAGCUGGAGAUUCCACCUCCACUUUCAGAAGCACCACACAUGCCCAAGUAUGACCCAAAAGCUGACAUUAGUCCAGCAGCCAAGUCUGUAUUGAAAAAGAAGAUAGCUUGGGUCAAGAAAAGGGCAGCUGAAAUGCACAGUCUUCGAAUGGAUGCCCUUUACAAGCUUUCCAUUGCCAAUCAUGUCAGAGAUGACAUAUUUUGGUUUCCUCACAACAUGGAUUUUCGAGGAAGGACAUACCCCUGCCCACCAUAUUUUAACCACCUGGGCAGUGAUGUCACUCGUGCUGUAUUAUUAUUUGCAGAAGGAAAGCCCUUGGGAGAACAUGGAUUAAAUUGGUUGAAAGUUCAUCUUGUUAACUUAACUGGCUUUAAGAAAAAGUGUUCCCUGAAAGAGAGAAUUGAUUAUGCUGACGAAGUAAUGGACAACAUCUUGGAUUCAGCAGAUAAUCCUUUAACAGGGAGGAAGUGGUGGAUGAAUGCAGACGAGCCUUGGCAGACAUUGGCCUGCUGCGAAGAGAUAGCACAUGCUAUUAGAUCACCUGAUCCAACCAAAUACAUUUCUUAUUUCCCAGUCCAUCAGGAUGGCUCUUGUAAUGGUUUGCAACACUAUGCUGCUCUAGGACGUGAUGUGAUUGGUGCAACCUCUGUGAACUUAAUGCCAUGUGAUGUACCGCAGGAUGUUUACAGUGGGGUGGCACAACAGGUUGAAGAGUUUAGAAAAAGAGAUGCCGAAAAAGGUGUAAAAAUUGCUCAAAUCUUGGAAGGCUUCAUUAAUCGGAAGGUUGUGAAACAGACGGUGAUGACUGUCGUGUAUGGUGUGACGCGAUUUGGUGGGCGUCUCCAAAUUGAAAAAAGAUUGAAAGAAGUUGAGGAUUUUCCAAAGGACCAUGUGUGGGAUGCUUCUCAUUACUUGGUGCAGCAGGUCUUCAGCAGCUUGACAGAAAUGUUUACCGGAACCAGGGAAAUUCAGGACUGGCUGACACAAAGUGCACGAUUGAUUUCAAAAUCAGGAAGUUCUGUGGAGUGGGUGACGCCACUUGGGCUACCAAUUGUACAGCCAUACCACAGGACCAGGACUACAUUACUCAGAAGCAAUCUUCAAAAUUUAAAUUUGCAAAUAAGUCAUGAUGCAACUCAACGACCUGACACAGUCAAACAGAAAAAUGCUUUUCCUCCAAAUUUCAUUCAUUCUCUUGAUUCAACACACAUGAUGCUAACAGCAUUGUAUUGUUAUAGUGCUGGGGUAACAUUUGUUUCUGUCCAUGACUGCUUCUGGACACACGCUUUCACAGUUGAUGUCAUGAACAAGGUUUGCCGUGAGCAGUUUGUUGCCCUGCACAGUCAACCUAUUCUUCAAAAUCUUUCCAAAUUCCUCGUCAACAAAUACCGCUAUAACAUUCCUGUUGAUCGAAAAAGCAAAAAGCUUCAGGACUACCAAAGAAUGAUGGAGCUACUGUCUAAAGAACUGAAGACAGGUGAAUUUGAUCUAGAGAAGGUUAAAGAAUCCACUUAUUUCUUUAGCUGAAGAUAUCAGAAUGAUGGGAUGAUCAUCUACAAGUAUCUGCCCUUCGAACACAAAAGUCCUCUAACCAAAAGCAAAGUACUGCAAAUACUGGAGAUCUGAAAUAAGAACAGUGUGCUGCAGAAAACCAGCAAGUUUGGCAGCAUCUGGGAAGAGACAACAACAAGUGUUAUAUUUCUAGUCCUUUUCAGAUAUCUUUCAGUUGGUUUAUUGGAUCCAUGAAAGGCCUAAGCUGGGAAAGGAAUUUGUUGUUCCAGUGAAAUAGCUGAUGAGUUUUUUGUACAAUUGGCUUGUGUAAAUCUUUCCCAUUUACGAUAGAUUCAAUGAAAACUUGAACAGUUGUCUGGUAGUUUUUUCAUCUCUCAUUUAAUCUGAAGGUUAAAUUGAUCAUCAUUGAUGAAAUAAUACCAUCUGGAGGAAUUAAGUGAAAUCUCAUGCCUUGAUACGUAUAUGGUGGAGAAAGCCAAAAAAAAUGUUUUUGCA